GGCCGAGGCCCUCCAUCAGGACUGGAAAGGAAAGAAACCGGAGCACCCGGGAGAUCUAAUUUUAUUUGGUCUGGUAUCAGGAGAGUUCUGUCUGAGUGCGGUUAUGACCCCGAGGCAAGUUCUUUAUGGCCUGUUCGUUGGGGGACUACUGCAGAUUUUCCCCACUGAAUGCAAGACGCACAUCUCUGUCGUCUUGGUCGGGGCGACUGGAGAUCUGGCGAGGAAGUACCUCUGGCGAGGGCUAUUUCAGAUGUACACAGAGCAGCUCGAUAUCCACAGUUUCAGUUUCUAUGGUGGCACCCGGCUCCAUUCCACAGAGGGCUCGCCGGUGAUGUACGAGAUUAUCAAAGGCCUAACGUGUUUGCCAAAUGUGCCUUCUGUCAAGUGUGUGAUGCUUAAGGACCAGUUUAUAAAGUUGUCUCAGUAUCAUCAGCUGAACACCGUGGAAGACUACUCCGAUCUGGACAGGAAGAUCGACGAGCUGCUCACUCAGGAGGGCCUUAAGGAAGAAGGCCGCCUCUUUUACCUCAGCGUCCCUGCCUUUGCCUAUGUUGACAUAGCAACAAAGGUCAACGCCACCUGCCGACCCCAGAAGGGACCGUGGCUGCGAGUUGUCCUAGAAAAGCCCUUCGGCCAUAACCUGGAUUCAGCCCAGCGGCUAGCUGAGGAGCUGCAGAAGUUUCUCCGCGAGGAGGAGAUGUAUAGAAUUGACCAUUACCUUGGCAAGCAGGCGAUCGCCUAUAUCUUACCCUUCCGCCACGACAACCACCAGGCCUUGGAGCCCAUCUGGAACCAGCAUCAUAUCGAAAGGGUGGAGAUAGUUAUGAAAGAGACGGUGGACGCGAAAGGUCGCACGAGCUUUUACGAACAAUAUGGCGUCGUGUGUGAUGUCAUUCAGAACCACCUGACGGAAAUCCUGACCUUGGUCACCAUGGAGACCCCGGCCAACAUCAGCGACUCUGAGGAGAUCCACAGGAACAAGAUGAGGGUGUACGGCAGCUUGCAGAAGCCCAGCAGGAGGAAUGCUGUGAUUGGCCAGUACCAGGCCUACAACGCCGAAGUCGUGCAGGAGCUGCAGAAGCUGGUGAACUACAGGAGCAACGUUCCAACCUUUGCUGGUAUUGGGAUUUUCCUGGACAGCCCUCAGUGGGAUGGUGUGCCUUUCAUUUUGUCUGCCGGGAAAGCUCUGGAUGAGCGAGUGGGCUACGCUCGAAUUUUAUUCAAAGAUAAAGCCUUUUGCCUCCAGAGUGAAUCAACGCGAAAAGCUGAAUUCAGUCAGUGUAAGCCGAAACAGGUCAUCUUUUAUGUGGGUCAUGGAGACUUGAAUUUUCCAGCUAUUUUGGUCAGCAGGAACCUGUUCAAACCGGUGAUGAAUUCAGCAAACUGGAAGCAGGUGACCGAGUUUCCGCACCUACACCUCUUUGGCCUUCCUUUGUCAGACUAUUAUGUCUACACUCCAGUUCAGCAAAAGGAUGCGUACGCAGUGCUGAUCCCACAGAUUCUGCAGGCGAAGCGCGACGUGUUUGUCAAUACCAAGGACCUCCUGGCAUCUUGGAAGUUCUGGACGCCUCUGCUGAAGGACUUGUCGCAGGAGAGUCCGCGCAUUUACCCGGGCGGCCUACAGAAUGGCAACAAUCUGGACUUCACGGUGGCCGGGACGGUGGUGUCCUUCAGUUCACCGGACCCUGUGGUGAUUGUCCCCUCGAGCCUCAACCACCAGACCGCGAGCGACUACAAGGUCCUCGAGUCGAGCUACCGAGGGAACAGGUUGGUGUCGGCUGGUACCGAGGAACUCGUUGCCCGGCUGGCUUCGGAUCUGCAUCGGGUGGCCGAGGCCACCGUGCGUCGGAGUGGCAAGUUCCACCUUGCGGUCUCAGGUGGCUUGAGCCCUGUUGCUUUGUUCCAGAGGCUGGCCUCCCAUCACUACACUUUCCCCUGGAAACAAACUCACUUCUGGAUGGUGGACGAGCGCUGUGUCCCCCUUCACGAUGCCAAGUCCAACUUCCGGAGCCUUCAUGACCAUCUCCUGGCCCAUUUCAGGAUCCCGUACAUGAACAUCCACCCAAUGCCUGUCCACAUGAACCGCCGGCUGUGUGUUGAAGAGGACCAUGGGGCGGACCUCUAUGCCAAUGAGAUCAUGACGUUGGUCAACGGUUCAAGCUUUGAUUUCGUCGUGCUGGGGGCUGGCACAGAUGGACACACUGCCUCCUUGUUUCCCAACAGCCAGGCGCUGGCCCAGAAGGGCAAAUUGGUUCUGUUGACUGAAAGCCCGGUGAAGCCCCACCAGAGAAUGACCCUUUCUCUUCCCGUGAUAAACCAAUCUAAAAAUGUGGCCGUCUUGAUAACAGGGAAGAGCAAACACUUGAUAGUUAGCAAAAUGAAUAAAGCUGAGGAGAACUCCGAGAAAUGGCCCAUUACAAGUGUCCAGCUCUCAGACGGUGAGCUGGUAUGGUACAUUGACUCCGACGCUCUCUCCGGUUGACCAGGGUUCUGGGGUCCCGUCCUGACUGUCUGUCCAACUUGACUCUAAAGCUGUGAAAUUAUUGGAAAUUGCCUCUGUUUGGUGAAUUGGUGGUGAUCUGGGAGGGUUGAGGGUUCAUUCUAAGUGACAAUAUUAAGAGCAGCUUGAUAAGACCCAAGGGAAGGUGUGCAUCUCCCUCUUCUUCCCUGCUUGGUUUGGUCAUGCUAGAAUACCCAUGAAGGUAUCACCACAGCACCGUUUACUUCAUCUCAGUGAGCACAGUUCUGAUGUCCGUGGCUGGGACAUCCACUCCACUGCAAAAACCUUUCUGUGGAAGAGUCUACAGCCUUUCCAAUAUUUUCUCAAGUAUUCGAAUGUUGCCACCUUCAAGUGAAUGGAAUGUUUGUGCAGCCUUAUCACAAGAGCAGACUGGUGCCAGUGCUGGAAACUCUCGUCAGGUCAGGCAGCAUCUGCGCAGAGAGAAACAGUGUCAAUGUUUCAGCUUGAUGACAUUGACUCUCCAUUGGUGCCACCUGAGACCAUCUCUAUGUGUUUAAAAAUAAACUUUUUGCCACAUUUUAGAUUAUCGGAUAGUUUACCGAUGUAUUUCAUCUUCAUCCACUCUCCCCCCAUACCAUUGUCAUAGAUUGCUACGGUGCAGAAAUAGGCCCUUCGGCCUAUCUAGUCCAUGCUGACCUGAUCUGCCCAGUGUAUGCUACUACACUGAACUUGAUCUUAGCGAAAGAGCCAAGAAGUCCAAUAGACCCGCACCCGCCGGGACCCUUUAUCGGGACUGGAAAGGAAGGGGGAAGAAGCCAGAAUAAGAAAGAGUCCUGUCCCGUUCCUUUCCUGAUGAAGGGUCUCAGCCCAAAACGUCGAUUGUUUAUCCUCCUCCACUGAUGCUGCCUAACCAUCUGAGUUCCUCCAGCAUUCUGUGUGCGUUGAUGAAGAUAUUUGACUAUAAUUUUGGCAGCUAUAGCUUGAUUGUGACCAUUGAAGCAUAAGGUUUAAGUAGUUCUCAGGCGGGGCUGGCUUUUUGCGUGUUAACGUUAACCCUGAUGCUGCUGAGCCAGAGGAGUUUGUGGACCUGAGAUCUGCAGACUUGAGGGUGACGAGGAUCUCCAAUUUUCCCUGUAGUGGGAUGACACUCUUAGCUACAGAAUUUUGAAAGGCCUGGGUAGGGUGGAUGUGGAGAGGAUGCCUCCAGUAGUUGGGGGGGUCUAGGACCAGAGGGCACAGCCUCAGAAAAGAAAGUCCUCCCUUCAGGAUAGAGAUGAAGAGAAAUUCCUUGAGCCGGAGGUGAAUCUGUGGAAUUCAUUGCCACAGGCGGCUGUGGAGGCCAAGUCAUUGGGUGUACUUAAAGCGGAGUUUGAAAGGUUCUUGAUUGGUAAAGGUGUCAAAGGUUAUCGGGAGAAGGUAGGAGAAUGGGGUUGAGAGGGAUAAUAAAUCAGGCAUGAUGGAAUGGCAGAGCAAACUCAAUGGGCUGAAUAGACUAAUUCUGCCCCUGUGUCUUAUAGUCUUUGAAUGCACUGGGGUUCUUGAAUGUUUGUCAGCGUAUUCUUUGUGCAGCUGAGGAAUUAGGCGGAGAGUUGUUCAUAAAGUGUCAGUGGAAUUGUGUGGAUGCAUCAUACUUCUGGUAUGUUUCCAGCGCCAACAUCAUCGGCCACGGUAGAAUGGCAGAGCAGACUUGACGGGCCAAAUGGCUCGAUUCUAAUUCCAGUUCUGAGACGCGGCUGUCCAUGGUGGUGGGAUUAAGAAUGGGAAAUCAGCGGACACAGGAACGGGAACAGGAUGAACACAAAAGGGAGAAUUCCCAGUGAAUGGGAGUUGUGAGGCAUUGGAAUGACCCGAAACCCAGAACGAGAAACUUAAAACAAGGCAUCACCCACUAAAGCUCAGUUAUUUAUUUUUGUUUAUUUGAUUCAAUGCGGAGUAGGCCCAACGAGCCGCACCACCCUGUAACCCGCCUAUUUAACCCUAGCCUAAUCUCAGGACAGUUUAUAAUGACCAAUUAACCUACUAACCCAUACGUCUUUAGACUGUGGGAGGAAACCACGGCACCCGGAGGAAACCUAAGUUGUUCAUUUACAAACUUGUUACAAAGUUACAGACAUGGUAGAAUUAGAAAAGGAUAGAAAUAGGAAAGUAAGUUUGGUUUGGUGUAUGAAAAGGGGAAAAUUGGUGAUUGAUGGUCAGCACACACUCAAUGGACCAAAGGACCUCUUUCUUGGCUGUGUGCCUAGAUUCCCACUUCUUGACAGGAGAUUUCUGCUGGCAAAGUUUGCCUUUUGCAGAGAUCUUUGGGUCACCAUGUUAUUUUGUCAGGUUUUGGUAAGUCUUCAGGUUGGCUUCUGCUGAAACUGAACAACGAUCAAUGGCCUCAUUUUCCCGAAUGGGUGCAGGACUGGAAAAACUGUGCCGGGCAAUCUUCGCUGGGGUCACUUACUUAAAGCUCAUCGCCCGUACGGGGGCAUGAGCUGCCGACAGCAGCUCGCCUCGGUCCUCUGUCCUGGUCGGCCUUUCAAGUUGCUCCCUGACUUAGCCCAUCUUCAAGAUCCGUCCUCUUCCAGGGCUGAGGUCUUUGGAGCUUCUGCUGGUGUUUCUGUUGAUCUGGGUUUUUACCGGGUGGGGUUGCUAGCCCCUAGGCCCAACCCCACUCCUUUCCCAGCCGGGCUUGGCACCGUCCACAGCAGAGUUUCACUGAGGUCAGUGGCCCUUUAAGUGUAGGAAUGGGGUCUAAGCCGCACAUUGUAUUAAGGAUUCUGAACCAGACGUUAGCUGGUGCCCCGGAAGAAUUAAAAAAGGUAAAGAUUAGUUUUAGUUGUCACAUGCACAUCGAAACAUUAAAGCAUGUAGUGAACUGCGUCAAUGACCAACACAGUCUGAGGACAGGUGUCGCCAUGCUUCUGGUGCCAACAGAGCAAGUCUAGUUACUAACCCUAACCCAUAUUAACCUACGUAUUACCAAAUAACCCUCUAACCCGUAUGUCAUUGGAAUGUGGGAGGAAACCAGAGCACCCGGAAGAAACUCAUUAGUCACGGGGAGGAGGUACAAGAACUCCUUACAGGCAGUGGUGGGAAGUGGACCUGGGUCGCUGGCGCUAUAAAGCGUUACGCCAGCAUGCUGUUGGGGGAUCUAUGGAAGGUGGAUGUCCUGAGGUGAUCAUAAAGCUCUUCAGCCAUUACAAGGUUUUGAUUUGCCCUAGAUUCUUAACACGCUGAAGUGGAGCAGCAUAGAUGAGAGCGGGGUGGGAAUGAUGAAUGAGUUUGAGUAACUCGGGAAGCACUGUUCACUCCAGGGAUUGCGCUGCAGACAGAACUGAUCAUGUAUCUGGGAGAAUGGAUGGCACUGCUGAAUGCGUCCUUCUGUUCUCUCUGCAAGGACUUUAGAGGGUAAAACUGGCGCUGCAGGAUUGGCUUUCCAAAUCGGAGGUUGCAAGUUGAAAUUCUGGACAAAGGUGUCCCUUAGAUUGGCUCUGCACUGAUGGGUGGUACUUACCACCUCAUGCUUUGCCAUGGGGGAAAGCGAGGACAAGUAAAGAAGGCUACAGAUUAUACAGGAGGCUAUUCUCCCCCCCUCCCCUCGUGUUGUAUGAUGUGGGCAAUUGCAGCCUUCCCUCUGUCUUUUAAUCCAAUCGUUCCCCGUGGGGAAGGAAACUGCCCCCUAGACCCCUUCACCCUGUUGUUCUUGUUCUUUUCUCUGUCCACGACCACAAUUUUUCUACUGAAGUGGUUUGCCAUCGUCGUCUUCUGGGCAGUGUCUUCACAAGAUGGGUGACCCCACCCCAGCCAUUACCAGCACUCUUCAGAGACUGUGCCCCGGCACCAGUGGUUGCAUAACCAGGACUUGUGAUACUCACCAGCUGCUCACACGACCAUGGGGGGCUAAGAAGGUGCUACUAGCGGAGGGAAGGAGCACCUUACACCUCCUUUAGUAGAGAUGUAUCUCCACCCGCCAUCCAUUCCUGCCCUCCCUCCCCCAAGAGCACCAUUUAACUUGAUCAUGAGUGAUCAGUCUUGUUUUGUAAAUUUUAACUCAUUUUCUAAGAGAUUCAGUUUAAGCAGUAAAAGGUAUUGGAUGAAAUUGUCUGCUCAAGCUGCUUAUCUUUGAUUUAAACUUACAACUUUCUCACUCUGAGGCAAGAGUGCAGCCAAAUGAUCCGGGGCUGAUUUUUUAAAAAAUGUAUUUUUAUUUAGAGAUAUAAUGCGGCAGCAGGCCCUUCCUGCCCAACGGGUCCUUGCUGACCUACAACAUACAUGUGACCAACUAGCCUACUAACCUGUACGUUUUUGGACCCGGAGGAAACCCAGGUGGUCACGAGGAGAACGUACAAACUCCUUACAGGCUGCGACAGGAAUUGAACCCAGAUUGCUGGUGCUGGAAAGCGUUACGCUAACGGCUACGCCACUGAGCCUUGUGGUUAUUCGUUCAAAUCACUUACCUCAACUUUAAACUCACAACUUUCUUACUCUGAGACAAGACUACAGGGCUGGAUUUUAAAGAAUUAUUUUUAAUGACAUCACACUGGCUCAAUGUUGUUUUGCCGCAGCUGUGUAGUGCAAUAUAUACAAAUAUUAUAAACUAUAAUGGGAAUAUGUAACUAAUAAAUACAUUUUGCAUCAAGAGAGGUUACUGAGCCCAUGGUUACUGCUUCUCUGUUUUUACUCUUUUUGCACUAAUUUAUUUCUUGAUAUAUAUAUAUUAUUAUAAUUUAUAGUAUUUUCUGGAUUGCACUGUACUGCUGCUGUAAAACAACAAAUUUCAUGACAUAUGUCUGAGAUAAAGUCAAGUCAAGUCACUUUUUAUUGUCAUUUGGACCAUAACUGCUGGUACAGUACACAGUAAAAACGAGACGAUGUUUUUCAGGGCUAUGGUCCUGCAUGAAAUAAUACAAAAACUACACUGAACUACGUAAAACAACACAAAAACUCCACUAGACUACAGACCUGCCAAGGGCUGCAUGAAAGUACACAGAACAGCACAGGCAUAAUAAAGCUGAUUCUGUUUUUAAGGUAGUGUUCAUGGGCCAUUCAGAAUUCAGAUGGCAGAGGGGAAGAAGCUGUUCCUGAAUCAUUGAGUGUGUGUCUCUUCCCUGGUGGUAGCAAUGAGAAGAGGGCAUGUCCUGGGUCCUUAAUGCCUUUUUAAGGCAUCACCUCAUUCACUAGGAAGGUGACACACACACACACUGUAUCACUCAGCUGGUCUAGUGGCACAGUCAACAUUUCAGUUCUGAUGGAGGGUCUCAACUGCUUAUAAGAAUGAGAUGCUGCCUGCUCGGCUGAGUUCCUCCAGCAUUUGGUGUGUGUUACACAGGAUUUUCACUGACUGCAGAAUCUGUUGUGUUUGUGAAGAUUAUGGAGUCAUGGGUUGUGAUGGCUUUCUUACCCAUUCAAAGCUUCAGUCUAACUAGAGACCAAACAUAGCUGUGCCUAAGGUGAUUAAUGCUAGCUUCAGACACCAAUGUGCGUUCUUUGCAGUUUGACCCGUGGAUAGAAGGUUCCUGAUCUUGUCUUCAGCAUGAUUGUUCAUUUACUGGAGUUGCAAUUCAGAGAUCUGGACUAGCGACCUCACCACCGUGGGGUUGAAUCCCACCUCUAUCCAAAGGUUGAAACAUUUUCAUGAAGAUUAACUGAUGCAGUGGGAAGCCGUGAAUUUGGGUUCUGAAUGAUAUUAGUUCACCUGGUCCUUAAUCUAAAAUACAUUUUCAUUGCAAAGUUGCUGCUUUCUGUAGCUUUACAGGUGUCAUCAUGAAAAAGUGAACUUCAGUGCCUUUUGUGAUUAACUUGAUGGGGGGCGGCACGGUAGCCUAGAAGUUGGCGCGUCGCUUCACAGCGCCAGCAACCCGGGUUCAGUUCCCGCCACUGCCUGUAAGAAGUUUGUACGUUCUUCCCGUGACUGCAUGGGUUUCCUCUGGGUGCUCUGGUUUCCUCCCACAGUCCGAAGCUGCGCGGGUUAGUAGGUUAAUGGGUCACAGAGGUGUAACUGGGCACCACGAGGGCCAAAAGGCCUCUUACCAUGCUGUAUCUCGAAGUAAAAAUUAAAUUAAAUGAUAAGGACUUGUAGGGAAAUGUAAAUUGGGUUAGAUACAUAAAUUUGAUAUAAAGGAAAAAAUACAUUCAAAACCACCGGAUUGAUUUUAAAACCGGCUUGGAUUACUCAAGUUGUCUCAAGUGAACAACCUUCCUCCUAGGAUUGUGUGCCCAUAACAAUGGGGUCGGCCCUGAAUUGCCCCAUGAAAGGGCUGCUCUGUUACAACACAGCAGCAGGUCCUUCCGACCCAAUUACUCCUGUGUGACUGAUUUGAACCGAAUGUCAUUGGAGUGUGGGAGGAAACCCGAGCCCCUGGGGGAGACCUGUGUGGUCACGGACAGAACAUAAAACUCCCUGGCGGCGGGAACUGAAGCCAGGUUUCUGGUGCAGUAGAACGUCAUGGUAACCCCUAUGCUACCGUGCUGAUAGAGCCGGAUGAUAAAAUCAGCAGUGAUGCCCGUACGUUGAGGACGGGUUGCAAGGAAGCUGGCAACACGGCCUCAGACAGCCCUGGCGGCGGCCGCGGAGGUGGAGACCGCACACUUUGAAGGUGGGGUGACUUGAUGAGGUGAAGUGGGGGUUCAAAAGUGCCAAGUGGAGAACAAAAUGCCAACCCAUCAAGGUAAUACUCUUUUACACACUCUACGUUUGUAUGGAGAGGAUAAAUUUUGCUUUUAAUUGUCUGUCCUAUGUUCUUUAAAUGGUGACUGAAAAUCCAAGUGUGCAUUUUUUUGAGCAAAUGUUUCUUGUCAUUAAAUUGCACUAAUCUGUGAAAAUCUAUUUUUUCUACUGGGUUUUUUAAGAAGUCUUUUCAGAUUGUUUUUGUAUAAUGAGAACUGGUAUAAUCGAAUGCAUCUUAA